AUGACCUCUUCAAGGCCUGGUGUCGAUUUGGAGAAGGAGUUGACCUGUUCGAUCUGUACGGACAUCCUCUACCAACCCUUAACCCUCCUCGACUGUCUGCACACCUUUUGCGGCUCCUGUCUAAAAGACUGGUUUUCAUGGCAAAAAACAACGGCAGAAAAUUCACCAAAUCCUCCGUCGCCUGGCUCCCUAAAAUUCACCUGCCCGUCUUGUCGCGCUCAAGUUCGGGAUACCCGUCACAAUGCUACCGUUACUACUUUGCUCGACAUGUUCCUGGCCGCGAAUCCGGACAAAGCUAAGCCGGACGACGAAAAAGAGGAAAUGCGCAAGAAGUAUAAGCCUGGGGAUAAUGUCUUACCGCAAAUACGAAUACCGCAGAAAUCGCUCGAGGAGAGGCGGAUAGAGGAGAUGGAAAGGCAGAUGCUGGAGCAGGCACGCCAGAUGAGCUUGCAAGAUGCUGGUGUUGGAUCUGCGGAGGGAUCUAGGACUAGGCGAUAUCAUGGCCAUAGCCGGUCCGAAGAUGGGAGGAGUAGAUCCGAAUGGGACAAUAGUCGCGAGACACGGCAUCGAGAUGCGCGUGAUAGACCCCUGCGAGAAGAGGGACACAGGCGUCGGCAUGACUCGAAUGGCAUGUUACAACCUGAUUUACCCUCGGAUGAACGGCGCCGCUAUCGUAGUGAAUCACAGCACCGUUCCCGUGAUUCAUCGAGGACUAGGAGGAGACAGGUUGAGCAUCAAGCGUCGAUAAGAUCCCUGAUUAGUUCGUCUGAUGUGGACUUCCGUGAUAUAGAGAGGGAAAUAGAAGAGUUUGCGCGGCAAAUCCAGGAAGAAGGCCUUUUAGAUGGAUUGGAUUUAGAUAACAUCGACCUGGCCCAGAAUGACGAACUAAGCCGAAAGAUCACCGAAGCAUACCGACGGAGGCAGAGGGAUCGAAUUCGUACUCAACAACCUAGGAGAAGCGACCCGGUCAUCACAUCUCCUAGACCUGAGCCUCUGCAAUCUUCUUUGCGGCCACCUCCGGCAGACACAUCCCGACCUAGCAGCCGACCAAGAUCAAGUUCAGCGCAUAGUAGACCAGCUACGAGCCAAGGCCAAGUAGACGAUCGCAGUCGACCCCCUGUUACGUCAACCCAUCUAGAGGUUCGUGCAGAUCCAGAAAGAAGGCGGCGGCGGAGGACUUCCAGCGACGCCAGAAGCGCAACAGAUCCCGCACGGCCAAGAACAGCAGAGACAAGUCCAGCAGCAAGAUCACAGACAGAUCUAACUUUAAGGCCGCAGAGUACUGACCCAUCGGCACGACGUCCUUCUGUCUCCGAAUCGAGGAGCUCUAGUAUGCCUAUCACAAAUGCGGUCGGACAGCCACCGGCGGGAGAAAGCUCUCGACCUAGAGAUCUCUCUUUUAGCGCACGAACAUCUGCUGCUCAGAUCCCACGGACGCCCUCACCGGAACCUCAUUCUGAUGAUUCUAGCAUGGAACACCCAAAACGUGCACGACGGCCUUCAAGUCUCGUAGCUCCGCAAUCCCCAUUACCUAGCCUUGGACUCAUACCAUCGCCCUCACAUCAAACACAUCAUCAACGAACGAGAUCUCAAUUUUACCAAGAACCAUCAAUCACGUGUGCGCGAUGCAAACGGCAGCAUAUCGAAUAUGAACUUCACUAUAACUGUUCAAGAUGCGCCAACGGAACGUGGAAUAUCUGUUUGAGUUGUUAUCGUUCUGGGAAAGGGUGUGAGCAUUGGUUUGGUUUUGGAUAUGCAGCAUUUAAGAAUUGGCAAAGAGUUGUAGCAGACGGGAACGAGGGGCUCGAGCCGCCGCAUAUGUUGACCUCAUGUCGAUACAAGCAACCUAAGUAUACGCCAGGCGGAGCGGACGGACGAAGAACGCUUACUACGGAUGACCCGGCUAAUCGUUUAGAAAGCGGUAUGUUCUGCGUAAGAUGCCUAUCCCUGGCUAAUGAGUGCUUCUGGCGCUGCGAAUCUUGUAACGAAGGCGACUGGGGUUUCUGCAACAACUGCGUAAAUACGGAUAAGUGUUGCACGCACCCUCUUCUUCCAUUGGCCUAUGUUGCACCAGAGACAGGCUCUACUACUCCGCCGGUUAGUCCGCGGCUACCUAAACGUCCACGAGGUGCGACAUUCUCAUCGGGCCCUAACGCCGUGAGCCUUGGAAGUUUUAAGUCGCUUACCUUUACGACGACAUGUGAGGUUUGCCAUGGGCAUAUUCCACCUGCCGAUCAGAGAUAUCAUUGCUUUGAGUGUACUAGCAAGGACUUAACGGAUGGGCAACCGGGUGACUACGAUAUAUGCGAAGAAUGUUAUACCGGCUUGGUCCACGACAAACGCAUAUCGGACGAAAACGGUCACACGGGGUGGAGACGCUGUUUAGAAGGUCACAGGAUGGCUAUUCUUGGAUUCAUGGAGGGCUCUCUUGGACUAAGGCGUUGCAUAUCACGAGAUAUCGUUGGGGGAAGGAGUUUACGCACGGAGCCUUACGAGGGAACUGGUGUCCCGGACGACGAGCAAUACCAGCCUAGAGGCGCGCGUAUGCAAAAAUGGAGUUGGAAAGGUUCGAACGGAUCAAAGCUUGAGAGACUUGUAGCUGUAGAUGUGGCAGCGACAGCACCCGCAUUAGGCACGGAGUUGUUCCCUCCCUCCGGAGGUGCAGGUUCAAGGGCGGUUGCGAAGUGGUCUUGGUACCCGCAGGACGGCGUUACAGACGAGCUAUUAUUCCCCAAAGGAGCGGAAGUGAGAGAGGUAGAAGACGUGAACGGCGAGUGGCUAUUCGGGAGCUACAUGGGCGCCGAGGGAUUAUUUCCCUCACCAUACGUACGGAUUAUUGAGUAG